AUUGUAUGAUGUUGUUUUUUCAUUAAAUUUGAAUUGAAAAGGUUGCUAUGGCGACCUUUAAAAAAGGGGUAAAUUACUAUAACCCCUUUUGUCAGUGUAAUUGUUUCGACAAGGCGUGAUGCUAUUCUUCGCAGGUGAAUUCGUGACGUAAUACUAUUAUUUCGAUGAUGUGUGUAGACGUCAUCGACGGCGAGUGGCGGUGUGAAGGACGUCCGUGUCGAAGAGCAGGCGGUGUCCCGAAAUGUGUAGCAGCGGCGCGGCCGCGUCCACGCCGAAGCCGACCUCAUCGAAAACGGUAACGGUGACCAGUAGUGACCGCAACAGACGACGGUGGGUACGCGGACGCCGCCACCGACGCCGGAGACGCCGCCGGAACGGCGCUACGGCUUUAAUGUAUGCCGCUCAACAGGGUGACGUCGACUGUGUCCGACACAUCGUCCGGUUUCAGCCAUUUGCACUGCUGGACCGGGACAGAACCGGCAAAUCUGCCCUGCACUACUGCUGCUGUAGCGAUCGCGUCUGGGCGGCGCAGGCCGCCGACUUGUUGACCAUGGCCGCACCGGAUCUGGUGGAGGCCCGCGAUGAAGACGGUUUCACGCCUCUUCACUUGGCUGUGAUAGCCGGCAACACGCAGCUCGUCACGUUUUUGUUGGCUAACGGGGCGGACGUUGGUGCGGUUGACAAUGAAAAGCAUACGGUCGUACACUGGGCAACAGUUUGCGGCGAGACCACGGCUUUAAGGGCGGUCUUAGCAGCAGGAGCUCCUGUCUCAACGCCAGACGUUCAUGGUGGUUACCCUCUACACUACGCCGCUCAAAUGUGUGGAGGGGACAAAGAUUCCAUCCUGGGUCUUCAAGUCCUCCAGAUCCUCCUUUAUCAUAAGGACAUCAAAGUCUCUGUCGAAGAUGGCGAUAAAAGGCAGCCUCUGCUGUGGGCCGCCAGUGCGGGGUCGUCAAAAGCGAUUCUAGCUUUAGUCAGAGCCGGAGCGUUGGUCGAGUCGUCAGACAAGGACGGUUUAACUGCUCUGCACUGCGCAGCCUCCCGAGGUCACACUGACUGCAUCGACACGUUGCUCACCCUCUGCGGUGCCAACGCCGACGUCAUCGAUAGCAACGGCUGCACAGCGUUGCACUACGCAGUUACGCUAGGUCACGCAGACGCGACUGCGCUCCUAUUGGCCCAUGGUGCGGAUCCCAACAGACAGGACCGAAAAGGACGGAGUCCUGCGCAUUGCGGUUGCGCUAAAGGUCAGUUUGAAACCGUCAAAUUGAUAGCAUCGCGUGGCGCCAACUUGUGGUUGAGAAACGCGAGAGGCGACUUGCCCCUCCACGAGGCCGCCAAUUCCGGAAGGAGGGAGUUGGUGUCGUGGCUGUUGAGCAUGCGUCCGAGCCAGGUGAAUGCGAGGAAUAACGACGGCAGGUGUCCGUUGCAUAUGGCCGCCCUCAACGAUAACACAGAUAUGUGCAAGAUCCUCCUCGAUUCUGGAGCCCAAAUCAACCCUAUCCUGCGAACUUCCAAGAACGUCUUCAUGACUCCACUCGACUGUGCGCUGCAGCGGGGUUUCCGUUCGACCGCCAAGUUUCUGCAACUCCACGGAGGCGUCCCAGCCAGUCGCGCCGGCAAUCAGAUUCCCGUUCCUUCGCACGGCAGCUUCCCAAUAAGAGACGAUACCACGUUCGCCAGCAGUUCCGAGAGCGAACGCGAGAAAGUGGGGACGUCAAAUAGUGCUCGAAAGUCCCCGAUGAGAAAGCAGAAAAAAAAAUUGCCAGGUCAAAGCGAAGUUUCGAGACUCGAAACUCAAGAUCAGAAGACGCAAACUACGGGUAGCUUGGAAGAAUCAACGAACCCGUCCUCGAGCAAAAUCGAUUACUCCAACGAGAUCAUCAUUAAUGGAAAAACAGAAAUAAAUAUACAUCAAGUAAAAGAAAUAACGUUGGAGCCUGGAGGCAGCGCUACUUCAAACGUGGUAGCAAUCGAUUCGAGCGAAAAGAUUAGUAUUCCUAUUCGAUCGGCUUCGGGUAACAAGGAAAGACGUCCUAAAAGCGCAAAGUAUAGCAUAAUUAAAGAGAAACAUGCACCAAAGGGCUCCAAAAGCGUUACGCCUACUCUCGGCGCCUCAAUGGAUCAUAAGGAUUCAUUCGAAGCGGAUGCUCACAAAACUUCGGCCUCUGAAUCCGAAAUGAAUACAACUGACAAGGUUAAACCCGAUGAUCAGGCUUCCAAUACGAAUGAGGAGAUAGAAGAAGUUAUGAAGAUAAACGAAAUCGCCACCGAGUCGAGUGAAGGCAAAUCAGAACCAGGUAUUGAAAAACCGUCAGAGGAAUUAUCGGUAGAAACUAAACCAGAAGAAAACAAACUUUCAGAAAUUGAACCAAGUCAGCAUUUUACAGAUAUGAAAGAAAUAGAGAGCCAAGCGGAUGUUACGGAACAUGAAGAAGGUUUAGAAAGACAAAGCGAACAUGUCAUAGAAGCCAGUGGCGAGAAAGUCGAUUUAGAUCAGACUGUGAAAGAAGAAAGCGAAGAUUUAGCGCCAGCUGGACAGUCGGAGGGUACAAUCGAUCACCGUGCUGACAGUGAAGCACCUAUUGACGUUUUGGCUGCGUUAGUGACAAAGGAACUUAACGAAGUUAAUGGUGAAGUAACUUUAGAAGAGGUCGGUGAAAAAGAAGCCAACAAAGCGCUAGUUGAAGGCGCCGAAGCUUUUAAGGAAGAAGGAAACGAACCUGUAGGCGACGACCAGGACAAAAGGGAAGCAGCAGCUGAGCACGAAUUGCAGAUAAUCACAUCAAAUCAGAUGGGGUAUAAGAGCGAUGAAAAAAAUGAAUCGAAUGGGUUUGAGCACAAAAGUAAACGACGACCAGUGACCAAGUUGAGAGGAAAACCACGCAAAAAAGGCAAUUCCAAAGCGUAUUUGGCUUUGGAGCAACAGGGUUUUGGAGAUAUCGUAAGUUCCUCUGAAGAAACCGGUGAUGUGAGCGACUCGUUACUAGACGACGCCAAUAAAGUGCACAAAAGCUUCAAGGUGUUAAGUGACAAGGAGGUGGAGGCAAUGAGUAAAUUUAGACCGGCCACGGAGAUGAAGAUCCGAUCCAAAUCAAGAGAAGCCAGAAGGAGUGACAAAACAAAGCCGAAGCAAAGCAAGAUACCGACACCUACAUUUAGAACGCAUCUGUCUAAGAGCGAAAGACAGCUGGAUCGGCUUGAAGCAGACGACGCGAGAAGGAUGGAACCAAAAGUGCCUUCGUUGCCAGAUAUUCAUAGGGGUACAAAUAGCGGUUUAAAUGAACCUCAACGACCCGAUUCCAUCCUAUCGGCACCCAUCCGCGCUUAUGCCUACAGCGAUGUCGAAAGGGGUACAGAGUCGGAUAUCGACGACAAAGAGCGGAGCAGUCCAACGCGCAGGAAAAAAAUUAAAAGGAAAUCGCGUAUGCGACAUCGAGAGUCGAGAAGUGCAGGCAGCGACUACGAGAGCAGUAACUUGAUCGAUUCUGGGUUUGAACCCAGCCCGAGGAGUACCAGGAUUUCGAAAUGGAGGAAUAUGUCGGACAGGGGAGUAACAAUGACAUCGGUUACGAAGACGAUACAAACCAAUAUUAGAAGGUACCACUUGGAAAGAAAACUCUUCCAGCACCUACUGGAGCUAAAGCGGAGCCAGAUUCGCGCUGAUCAGCACAACGAAUCGGUCCUGGUUAAACGCGCGAUCGACCAGUAUAAUCGAUCAUGCGCGUCGACCGUAGGGGCGGGCCGUUACGUCCCGCACGACUUCACGUUUCGCAGCUUUGAGAAAUUCCUUUACGAGUCGCUGCGCAAGUUGCAAAAGAUCGACGUCGCGCAUUUACGAGGACUGCCGGAAUCAGCCGAAAACGUCAACCCGUUGCUGUGCACGCAGAGCACGCACCGAUGCAUGCACGCGACGCAUGCGUACACCGGUAUACCGUGCGCGGCGUAUUUGCCGAAAAUGGACCAUCACAGUAUACCGAAGAUAGGGUUUGAUUCAGUAGGCUGCAAACCGGGAACGGCCGGAUUCUUACCGAAAAUCAUCGACAAGAAAGCGGUUACGCUCGAACUUAGCCACGGGCCGGACAAGCAGAUUAUAUCUUUACCGACCGACCGCUUGGACCAAAAUAAACGCUAUUACGUCACGUUUACUGUCAAAGGGCAAGAUGCGUCGACGGGCGAAGAGAACGGGGAAACUGGCCACACGCAUCCGAAAAGCGAUUGAAACAGAAACAAUUGGACAAGAACAUUUGUGAGAUGGCUUAUAGAAACGGAUUUCUAUGCGCACACAAAACUACCGGUCAUUUCAGUAUAACGGCGAUAUUUAUCAAAAUCAAAUGGCAUACGAGGUCUGUAAAUUAAGUAAUUAGAUUGAUUUUUUUUUUAUUCAAAUAGAGUUGCAAUUUAUAGUGUCACCUUCAAAAUGACUUCCUUCUGAACCCACAGCGCCCUAGAAAUGGUUCUUCCACUCCUCAUAACAGUGCUGAAAUUCCGAUAAUGGAAUAGCUUCAGCUGCGAAAUGAGACAUGUGUUCUGAAUGUCAAACAGCGACUGACUAUUUCAAAUCAUAUUGGUCGUGUACAUUUCAAUAGCUCAAUGUAGCCAACCUAACAUAUAUAAAACUUUUAUACAUGACUUCCCCCUUUUUCCAAACAUUGGUUUUAAUUAUUCUAAUAUCACAAACUAACACAAAUUUUUAUUUUACACCUAAGACACUGUUAUACACAAAGAACAUUAACAUAAAUAAACAAAUGUUAUCCAACAAACAUUUUUAUUUUCUCUUGUUCUAUACCUAGUCUCGUUGAAACUUAUGUAUGUAGAUAUUCUGUACAAUGACAACGAAAAACAUUUUACAUACUGAUAUAUAAUAGGACAAUUUCCAAUUCACAGCCAAAAACCGUGUACAACAAUCAAAAAGAAUAAUGUAUUACAAAAAUAUGCUAUUGUGUAAGAGCCUAACAUCUUUUUGACAUUCUUUCAAAAAUCACUUUUUAUAUGAUUUUCGAAAAUCUUGCUGGUUUCUUUAUGACUCUUCAGGACUUAGUUAUGAAACUUUCUGGUACGAGUUUAUAGUCAUCACUUGAUACGGAACUUUUUACGAUACCCGAUGUGCUUUCUUCCGAAACGUCAGCCCUAUCAUCCACAACUGUCAAGUUAGUUUGGCCAAGUGAAGCAUUUACAAUGCCACGAUUCUCUCUCGAGCUGUCUAAAUCUAAAUCACCAUGCAUAGUAUCAUAGAUAGAGAGGUCACUACUACUGGUCAAGCUGUUGUCAAAUUCUGAAGAAAGAUUUAAGUCGCAUCUCUGUCGUUCCUUAGAAAAACUAUCAGAACAACCUGGUCUGUCAUCUCUUGGAACCCCGAAAUUAUCUGUCGUCUUAUUGACGUCCAAUAAAUAACUAUUUUGAAGUGGUGACUCAGAAAAAUCUUUGUUCAAGAGAUCGUGCAAAAUUUUGAUAAACUUGAUUAGAAAAAUUCUGAGAAAAGUUUGAAGGAAAUCCAGAAAAACUAGAAUUUUGAAAAACACUACUUGAUUGGUUGUCCAAGGAACAGUCCAAUCGGUCACUAGAUUGUAAAUAGAGUUUUACAAAAUCUGUACUUUUAAUUAGCUUAAAUUUACUAUUUUUCAAAAGUCUUCUUUACAAAAAUCCUACCGUGCUGAAGCAAAACUGUGUGUCCUUAUACCUCGACACGAGUCUACCCCUCAGCCAUUUUGUUUUUAGUUUUAUUAUUCUUAAUAUUUGGUCUCACAUGAAUGAACCUUUUUCGAAGUUUUUUUAGAACCUCUCGACCGUCAGUUAGAAACCUUUUGCAGGCGGUUCCGUAGAUAUCGAAAAAUAAAACGGCACUUAUUUGAAAGGUCACAUGCAUGCAUAAAGGCAAUUUACUCAUCAUUGCUGUCUUGGGCCUGGGAGAGGUUGAAGCAUUAAAAUCCAUGCUGUGGUGGUUGAUUUAUGAGUCGUACUCAAGCACCUAAAACUCAUCACCGGUAAUGAUACGUUGCAGAAAAUAAUGGGUUUGAUUUUUCUCAUUCUGGCCUCUUGACAACACUACCUCCAUAGGCCUUCUGAAGUUUAGCAGGAGUUUCCUUUGCAAUGUAUCCAAGUUUGAUACAAAACAUGAUAGAACACUGAAAUGAGCAAGUUCAAACCCGCACCGAAGACGACACGGAUAUUGCCGACACUACUUAAGUUACAGUCCUCGUGCUUUCAUAUUAUACCUCAUACAAUUUUGAUUCAUUCUGUAUUACUUUUAUCCCAAAAAAUAAAAAUAUAUGAUUUACAACUUUUUUGGGACAUUUUAGAACCGUGCCUAAUGUUUGUUACUUUUCGAAAUAUCUGGAUCACAAUCAUAUUCUAUGAGGUUUAUUAAAAACAAUGUUAGAUCGGAAUUCAAAGGGGACUUUUAGUAUUUUCCUAAAAUAAUAUUAUUUUUUUCAGAAUGUUAUGAACAAUGGGCAAUUAUUAUAGAUAGGAGUUUUCGUUUUAAUCUUUAUUAAAGUUGUUUAGUCGAUAAUGGUUCCCUCCAAAGUUUCAGUAAGUUGCGAGUUAGUUAGAGGGACUCUAAAAACAAUUUAAAAUUUUUAUAUUGAUGUAGAACUGAAAGCUCCAACAUUUUUGACAAAUUAGUCUGCACGAUGGUACGGGAGUGGUAUUAAGUAGAAAUUUUCAGAUUCAGUAUCAUUAAUAUUCUUAGUUGCAAGAGCUGUGAAUGUGUGUAUAAAAUGUCCGAAAUAUAUGUUUUUG